GUCUGCAUGAUGACGGCCCAAGUGAACGAGCCCCCGGAGACCUGCACGGCCUCCGGGGAGCAGCAGCCCCCGCAGCCCACCCCCUUCUCAAUCAGCGACAUCCUGAAGCGUUCGGCCGCCGCCGCCAUGGGGGCGGCGCGGAGGCCGUUUCUGCCGCACCAGCCCUUGCUGUCACCUCUCGCGCACCUCACGCUCACGUCGCCUCCGGAGGCGGCCGUUUCUUUGCCGCCCCCGCUCAUGCCGGCCGUCACCCUGCUGCAGCUGCAACAAGAGGUGGCCCUCGACAUGACCAGGAAGAACGCGCUCAGCAUUUUGAAAGCAGCAGACGCAGAGCGCGUGGAAAGCGAGCGUCGCCUUCACUGCGGAGACCUGAACGCCGGCGACCCGUCCGUCCAGCUGUCGAACACCCUCAACAAACCACGCAAGAAACGCUCGCGGGCCGCCUUCUCGCACGCUCAGGUCUACGCCCUGGAACGAAGGUUCAACAGCCAAAGAUACCUCUCCGGCCCCGAACGGGCCGAACUCGCGCACAACCUCAAACUGACUGAAACACAGGUGAAAAUCUGGUUCCAAAACCGGCGGUACAAGACCAAACGCAAGCAGAUUCUGCACCAGCAAGACCUGAUGAGCAUGACCGCCUCCACGUCCCCCGGCCCCGCCAAGAAGGUCGCCGUCAAGGUGGUCAUGAAGGACGACAGGGUGCUGUACAAAAACGACCUGCCAGCAGCGCGAUUUCCGCCCCUGCCGCCCCUCUUCCCUGCAGCGGCCGCCGCCUAUUACUAUUACUACCAAAACCCGCACCUUUACCCCGGGGGCCAUCCCGGAACUGCCUCCAGUGGGGACGGCUCGCCACCUCCGUCUGCGUGUUCCAGAUCCAUCAGCCCCGUCGAAAUUAAUUGAAAAGGAAAAUCAUUGAAAGGAACUGACACAGGAGUGUGGUUUUGAUGACAAAAACUGAUAUAUUUUAAUGAAAACUUAAUUUUAAGUAUUAUUUGUUGUAAGUCGUCUGAUCUCUGUUAACUCUUCUCGACUACUAGAAUAAUUAACUGCCGAUUAACUUAAUUGGAAGAUGUGUUAAGCAAUUAUUUUAUUUACAUUUAUUAAUUACCUCCAGUAUUGCAAUAUAUAAUGUCAAAUUUAGAAAAUAAAACUGAAAACCAACCCAAUUGAUUUAAU